UAGCAGGGACACGGUUCCAAUCAUUUUAUCGAGAACCUUGGCAUGUAACGCUUGCCUGCAAGGUUUCAGUAUGAGAUCAUAAUUUUAUCUGAUUUUGCGUGAUUAAAAGCUUCCGGUCCGUGACAUGCUUUUAAGGUAGUAUUUUGGUUAUCUGCAGCAUCCCUACCACGCCGGAGCCAAGCCCUAUAAUCCUUGUGACAUACAUGGAUAUCAAGUCAAGCACAUGCACUGCGGUUUGCGACUUCCUAAUACGAUCAAGCAAUCAGUCCUGUUCAGCCAGGGAUUUAUAGGUUCUAUAUAAUGGCAGUCCCAUCGACCACAAUUGAGGUUUCGUUAUCGCGACCUAUUGGACACAUCAGCUUUCAGCAACAUGCUGUCACUCUUUUUCACCCUUGCGUUGCUCGGCAAGACCUUCGGAGAGCGCCCAUUCAUAAAUGAGGCCGAUACUGGGAUCGACGAUGUCUUCGGCAACACUCCUGCCGGCGAGCUGAUUCCCCUUGAUGGCAUUGUUGGUCUACCCGACUUCGACUGGGCCGCAAGGCGAGCAAUGAGUCUGGCGAAUUAUUCGUAUUAUCGUAAUGGCGCUGGUGGCGAGUGGUCUUACCGGAACAACCUCGAGAUCCACAACAAGUUCCCCUUGAGGCCAAGAGCAAUGAUUGACAUUACGAAUGUCGAGUCAACCUUGCCAACCACAAUCCUGGGCCACAACGUCUCGGCGCCCUUCUUCAUCGCCCCCUGCUCGAGGGGAGCCUAUGGGAACCCAGAAGGAGCUGAAAGAGGACUGAUUGAGGGCGCAGCAGCCAAAAACAUCUUGUACAUGGCUGCAUUUUACGCCAACUUGCAGAUGGAAGAGAUAGGAGCGCUUGCGUCGGAUAACCAGACGAUCUUCCGUCAAGUAUAUCUCAACCAGAAUGACACUGAAACUCAGGAUAUCUUUGACAAAGCCGCCGCCGCCGGCGCCAAGGCCAUUGUUUACACCGUUGAUAGCCCAGCAAACGGUGUGCGCCACCGUGCAGCUCGAUUCGGCGUUGGUUCUGCCGAUUCCAGUUACUCAUACAUCACUUGGGAUGAGUACGCGCGAUUGAAGACCAUGACAGACCUACCAAUCAUCAUCAAAGGUAUUCAGAGCGUUGAGGAUGCUCAAGAAGCCGUCGCUAGAAAUGUCGACGCCAUUUACCUCUCAAAUCAUGGCGGUCGUCAGACCGAUGGCAUACGAUCACCAUUAGAAGUUGCGCUGGACAUACGUCAACAAGCUCCUGAGGUCUUUUCACAAAUCGAGGUUUAUGCAGAUGGCGGCGUGCGCUACGGAUCCGACGUUCUCCGACUACUUUCUCUCGGAGUUCGAGCUGUCGGACUCGGCCGCCCAUUCAUGUACGCAAAUGUAUAUGGCCGCGAGGGCGUUGAGAAGGCCAUCGACCUUCUUCGACAAGAGCUAGCCUGGGACGCCGGCAACACUGGCGUCGCCGACUUAAGGAACAUCAGCGGCAAUCUUGUUCAAUGGUAGAUCUAGAGUUGUUUAGUUAUGCAUGCCUAGUUGACGCCGAGUCAAACGAUUCGAGAUUAGUAAAUAACAUUUAAUUAUCAACAUUGUAUCGCACAUAUAUCCGACUCGUGCGAAGCGUUCUUUGCCAGACGAAAGUCCAUCACGUGGACGCUGCAGACUUUCCAAAGCUUUGAUCAUCGCAAGCAGGCACGAUCACACCUGUCUUUCCACGAAAACUGUCAUGUGUGGCGUUGUCCAGAGUCAUUG